AUUGCCUCGCCGCACAACCACUUGCUCCAUCAUCCUUCUGGUACUCUCUAUCAGCAAAAGCGUUUACAUUGUCCGACGGGUCGAGACAGUGCUCUUUUUGUGUCCUUUUUUAAAUUCCAUUUGUCUUAGAAUCAGGAGCUGGAUCUCCCACUAAACCGCUAUUCGAUAAUUCCUGCUCGACCUUUUGAUACUCAGCUCUGGUAGCUCAUACUCAUUCACAAUGUUCAACCGCCAAACAACACCACCAAGUUCCUCCUUCAACUACAUCCCUGGCAGUGUCGGGUCAGAUGCUAGCUACUACUCGCGAGCCUCCUCGCCAGACGUCAGCGCUCUCAGUCUUACUCCCCCGCGCUCGCCCAUCCGGUGCCAUGGACCACUUCUCCUCCCCAAGGUCCGGAUGCAAGAUCAGAUUGCUGAGCCUACCUCUGGUCCCGUUAGACAUCGCAGGACGCCGUCUACCUCCAGCAGCAUUGGCUAUGGCUACAGCCCCUACUCGCGACCAACUUCAAUGGUCCGCCGUAGCUUGAGCCCCUUCAACCAGAAUGUGCACAGUGCUAUGGCUUCCCCUGCCUCUACUAUUGCUUCCUAUGAUAUGGGUCUUGCUACCCUCAACUCGCCCAUCAACUUCACACGACCAGGCGCUCGCCGCUCGUCUUCGUACAUGGGCUCGCACUCUCGUUCCAACUCUGCUGGCCGAGCUCGUCAUGACCGAUCUUCUUCGGCUGGAAGUGUCGACGAGAACGUCGUCAGCCGAUAUGGCUUCCCUACAUACCGUAAUUUGCCAAGCUACGUGACCGCCUCGGGCGUAUCUCACUCAAACUUGAGCCACGUCUCUUCCGUCUCGCCCCCAUACUCUACUGUCCAGGAGAUUCCCAACUACACCGCGGCCGCCACGCACGACUUUGGCGUUGUAGACUUUGAGCCAGCUCCCGCUGUUCAAUACCCUUCCUUUAAUGAGGUCAACUUCGACACCUUCCAGCCUAUUGCUGCCACUUCUUCUCUUUCCGAGUAUCUUUCCUCUCCCAACCCUUCCCCCGCCCUAGUCCGUCGUGUCACUAGCGCACCACGCGGUAUCAACAACCACUUCUGGUGGGACAUUCGCAACCUGCGAAGCUGGGAGGACUUCAAUAUCUCCACUAUCAAGUCCAUUCCUUCAGUACUGCCCCUCCUUGAGGUUCCUGUCCCGUCGUCCUACCUCCCGCAGCCUUGCCGCCAGAACCUCCAGCCAGAGAACGAGUCUGGUCUCCAUGACAUCUGCACAAACUACUACGCCAACAAGGUCAAUGCUGCACUCAAGGUCGCACAGGGAAACACACACAUGGUCAUGCGCGCUGUCAAGCCAAUCGCUGGAGCGCGCCAACAGCCCGAGUUCGUCUCUAGCUACCCCUCCGACUACGAGAAGACCAUCUUCGGCGACAGCCGUGGACGUGUCGUUGGACUUGUCAAGUGCUACGACCAGUGGAACACUGGCAUGCGUGGAGAGUCGCCGCCAAAGCAAGUCCUCUACCUCCAGGGCCUUGCGCACCUGCACCGCGUCAUGCGUGAGCACGGAUGCCGCUACGGCUUCAUCAUGACUGAGAUCGAGCUCCUGUGCGUUCGAUGCGGUGGUCCAUCUGACGCUGCGACCGUCGAUCCUACCAUUGUCAACGCGCAGACUGGCGUUCCCAUCUUCGGGUACCUUGAGACCAGCGCGCCUAUUCGCCUGUCUACACAAGGUGUGCACCCAGAGACUGGUGACAUCCAGCUCACUGCCCCCCUUGCAUUGUGGUACUUGCACAUGCUCGCCAAGGAGAACCCGUUCGAAGGCAUGGGAACAUGGCGCAUGGACGUCGGUGGACCCGCUGCCCUUACAAGGCAAAACUUCUUGGAGAAGGAUACUUGGAUUCCUAAGCCCCAACUGGGAGAGAAGCGCGAGGCGAAGAGGAUCCGGGGAUGGGUGUUCCCCGAAGAACCCUUGAGCAAGAGGGAGUGUGGAAAGGGACGGAGGACCAAGAGCGUAAGCAGUUGAGAAGUCUAAUAUGUA